GCAUUAGAUCGCCAUGGCGAAGGUGUUUGCGUUGUUUCUCUUGGCUCUUCUCGCCAUUUCCAUGCUUCACACCACUGUUUUGGCUUUGCAUGGCCAUGGCAGUCACCACUACGACCAAAAGAACUAUGGUCCGGGGAGUCUGAAGAGCUUCCAAUGCCCGUCACAAUGCUCAAGGAGGUGCAGCAAGACACAGUACCACAAACCUUGCAUGGUCUUAUGUCAGAAGCGCUGCAAAAAGUGCCUAUGCGUUCCCCCAGGGUAUUAUGGUAAUAAAGUCGUCUGCCCAUGCUACAACAACUGGAAGACCAAGGAAAGAGGACCAAAAUGCCCUUGAGCUGUUCCCUUAU